AUGAACUUAUUUAAAAAGAAUUCAAUUUCUAAAGGAUGCAAUAAACAAAAAUCCUAAAAAGUAAAGGUAUUAUGAUAAUUAGAUUUCAACUCUGGAUUAAUUAAAGGAAUAGAUUGACAAAGGAAUAAUACUUGAAAACGAAAAAGAAUAAUCUGAAAGCUAAUCAGAAUUAUAUUAAAAUGUAUUAUAAUAAGAGAGGAAAUAGAAUUCGAAAAGAAGAUUAGAGGAAUUAGUUUUCGAUGAAUGA